GCAACUUUCCAGGAUGUUCUACUUCCACUGUCCGCCGCAGCUGGACGGAGAGUGCUGCCGCUCCAACACACUCAACUCCAGCAGUUUUGGGAACCACGCCCCGGCCGACUUCGAUGACGGCUUUCUCCGCCGAAAACAGCGCAGGAAUAGAACCACGUUCACGCUGCAACAGCUGGAGGCUCUGGAAGCCGUCUUCGCUCAGACCCACUACCCAGACGUGUUCACCCGGGAGGAGCUGGCCAUGAAGAUCAACCUGACCGAAGCUCGAGUGCAGGUUUGGUUUCAGAACCGUAGAGCAAAGUGGAGGAAGACAGAGCGAGGCAGCAACGAUCCAGAAGGUGGCAAGGAGCAGCUCAGUGAGGGAACACCUCCGUCUCGCACCAUGAACUCACAGUCUCCCGUGGACCAGAGCCGAAAGCAGAAAGAACCACUGGAGAUGCCACAGAGCAUCAACAGAACCGUGGGUCCCGGCAGCCCCUUCUUCCCGUCUUGUAUACCAGGCACGCUCCUCAAUUCUGCAACCUAUGCCCAGGCUUUGUCGCAGGUCGCGACUUUAAAAGGUAACGGUUUGUGCUCCUGCUGCGUAUCCGACCCCAUGGGUUUGUCCUUCCUGCCGCCCUAUGGUUGUCAGGGCAACCGCACUGCUAGCGUGGCUGCCCUGCGAAUGAAGGCCCGGGAGCAUUCUGAGGCAGUGCUGCAGUCUGCUAACCUGCUAGGACCCGGUGCCGGCGUGGGCGUCCUUUCUGGAGUUAGCGUGAGCUCUGCCGGGAUGUCCAGGCCCACGGUGGGGCCGGUGCUUGAGGUGCCCAGCACAGUAGGGAGACCCAGUGAGAGCUCCAGCCCCAACUUGACCAGCAAGAUUUCAGUCCUGGGGAGCACCUCUGACAAACACCCUCACUGCUCAAAGGAACCGCUGGAGAAAAAGUGA